GAUUCGUUUCAAGUUAUAUCGCCGCGUACGCGCAUUCUACAUAAAACGACAAGUAAUUAAUACGGUACAUUUUCGUCAAGUGUAAGAAGUGAAGUGACAUAAAGUGAUAGUAAAAGUGCUAGCGGAGUCAAGUUGUUCUGUUUUGGAUACAAUUGUUAUCGGUUUUGUGCUCCAAGAAUGCUACCAACUCCACCGACGCCAGUGUCUCUCGGACCUUAGUGCAGUGUCGGGGAUCACCGCUGUCGGAGAGUGAUUGAGGACCAGCGACUCCAGCAGGGUACUGGACCCGACCGCUCCUUCCGCCUGGAGUCUAGAUGGGGUGACUCUGGAGUUUAGACUAGUCCCAGGCGGCUGCUACGGGGCGCCCGGUCCCGGCCCCGUGGUGGCGGCCAUGCUGGGCGGCGCCCCGGUCAUGGGCGGCAUCAGGACGCCUGGGCGGCCCUGGCCCACCCUGGACAUGUCGCACCCGCCACCCGCCCAUCAGCCCAACCAUCUAGGCGCUGACAGUUUCGCCAGGUAUGGAGUGUACUCUCUGCUACCCAGUGACGUGUACGCAGCGCCGAGGUACGCGCACACACAGACAGUGGCUGCGCCUACCUACCACAACAUACUGCCGCCUGCGCAUAAAGAGUGCGUGUUCACGUAUCCCACGGCCCCCGGGUCGCCGAUCACGUAUGGGGCGCCCGUCGUGGAGCGCGGCAUCUCCCAGCUACAGGAGCUCAUGUCCAAAGGGUUGGAGAAGAAGCAGCGCCCUCUGGAGGCGGCGUCUGAGCGGCGACCCAAGAGACGGUCCUGGGAACCCGCUCCGCAGGACGACCCAGCCUGUUCUUGCAAGGAGAAAACACCUGUCGUGUCUCCAGGCUGUUCUCGCACCACCCCAGUCAGCCUGAGACCCGCCUCCCAGGUGAAGAGGGAAGCCACCACCCCCGGUCCCGCCGCCUCCACACCUGCCCUCGCCCCGGGACACACCCCGUGUCAGGUGGCCGAGGUCACCACGUCCGUGGUCAAGGUCAAACAGGAGGUGUUGGAUCCGCCCCCGUCGUCGUUGCCAACUCCUGCCACGACGGCGCCGCCUGUACAGCCCCAGCUCCAGGGCGGCAUCCCUGUGGGCAUCGCCGUGGCUCGCCAGAGGUCGCAGACACAGGAAGUCAGACUCAAGGAGGAUCCUGUUGUACCACCACUAGCUGUUUUGGCGUGCGAGCGACCGACCAAUCACACGCCGCUGUGGACCACGCCCCCCGCCCUUCCACCACUGGCCCCGCCCUCCUACUGGCACGCCACUCCAAUAGAACAGAAUGUUCCUUUUCAACCUCCAAUGGGCUAUCAGCUCGCAAGAGAUCCAGUGUCAGGCCAGCUGUUGCUUAUUUCAACUGGUGCUAAUAUUGCGGAUUCCCUGCAGCGCACCAUUGUCUGGCCCAACAGCAUGAACAACUUCCCCGCCUCUCCGCUGCUUCUCCCUCAACCACAGCCGAUGGGCCAUUUGCUGCUGGAUAGGUUGGUAACCCUUGCUACUCCUACGCCGCCUCCACCUCCGUCCCAUGACAAGAGGAGACCCCCCACCACGCCUCACAAUCUGUUGAAAAUAGAGGAUCCUUCCAUCACAGGUGUGAUGCCAUGCGCCAAGUCCAGUGUUGUGAUACAACAGUUGUCCGCACACUCAGGACCUGCGCCCCUACUCAAUCCUCAGUUCUCCGCCAUCGCCAGCUCCGGCUCUGUGCUCAUUCAACACAUCUCCGGGUCCAACACUGUUCCUCCAGCCAUCAUACCACACCAGAACACAGGCUCCGUGCUGAUCAGUGCUCAGCAGUUGACUACGGAGGCUCAGAGUCUCAUCAGCGGACACCAGACCAUCCCUGGCGGCCAGCCUCAAGUGGUCAUCAGUCACAGCCAGCAGGAUCAGUCGUCUGCCACAGUGAUCAACCCCCAUGUAAUUGGACAGUUGUCAUCAGACCUUCUCACCUCACAUGGACAUCCACAACAGCUGCCGUUGGUCAUCACGGCUCCUCCGCAGACAGAUGCGCAGAUACACGUACAGAUCAAGGAAUCACCAAAGGAAAUCGUGGAAGACCUCCCAGAAACAGCUGACAACCUUGAAGAGAAGAUAGAGUCUGUUAAUUGUUGUAGAUCACAGGCCACAUCACCUGUACCAUGUCUGAGCCCCGGAGUAGGAGCUGGGGACAGUCAGCAGUCUCAGUCAGAAGAUGAAUUGGCCCCGCCUCAACAAGCAGAUGCCAGCAACCAGACAGACAGUCUGCCUCCUAGCAGUGAUGAGGAGAUUGAGGAACCUCCCACUGUAUGUGAAGUCGCGCAGAACACAGAGAGUGAAGCAGAUAUCUCUGUAUCAGCAGAAUCCACGGAGAAGACUGGCACAGCAGCAGUCGACCUCAGCGGACUUGAAUUACUGAGUGCUGCUAGCAUGGAGCAGUUCCAACGAUCACACAGUGCUCCUCUUGCCGACACUAUGAAGAUCAAAACAGAAAUUGAAGAGCCAGAAGAAACAAUGGCACUAACAACGGACGUUGUGAUAAAGAAGGAAGUGGAAACAGAAGAACCUUUAGUGAAAGAAGAAACAGUUGUAGAAGAAAAGGAAGUGAAUGAUAGUGUGACAGAACCAGCAGCGAUUGAUAGAGAAGAUGCGUCUUCUGUACAAGGAAACGAGAGAGUGGACGGAGGUAUCAUGGGGGGCCUAGGGCUGCUGUGUGACGUCGUCCAUAGAGUGAUUGAAGAAGAAGAAGCAGCAAACUCACGUCCACAUUCUCCCUACGAAGAUGUUGAUCAAGACAAUAAAUCAACAGGGUGGACAGAAGAUGAGGUAGAUGAUUACAAGUCGCCAGAGAUGGAAGUGUGUCGCAAGUCUUUGCCUCGCUACCGGCCUGAUAGUCCUCUAGACCCGGCAGAGCUGGACAUGCGUGAGCGGUUGGCACAACUGCAGCGGCUGUACAGAGAGAAACAGCGCGAACUGUCUAAACUCACUCCUCGCAAGAGUUUGUCCAGUGAAACCAGUAGCAGCAGUUCAGGUUGCCCCAGCAAGAGAGGACCAGGUAGGCCUAGGAAGUCCAGUGGCACCAAACGUCCCCGCAGCCCCUCUCCCCCACCACAGCUGUCCCCGCCUGUGCUGGAGCCUUGGAACUUACCUCCGCCUACACUCACACCUCACAAGGCCUUUCACAAGGAGUCAGAUGUGCAGCAGGUGGAGUGGGAGUUGGUGUCACCUAGCAAGUCACCCCCACCACUCUCCCCUGCGCAGUCUCCGUCAUCGGCCAGUAAGAAGCGCAAGGUCGGCCGGCCUAAAAAGCGCGAGGACCACGCCAGUUUGACCAUUGUUGCUAAGAAGCCUAGGAGCAAGAGUUCACUGGUUGGUCUGUUGCUGGCCAAGAAACAUCUACCUGAUCAGCAAGAGCAAAACCACUACAAGAUCAAGCCUAAACUGAAGGCAGAGGUUAAGGUGAAGUCGUGGUGUGAGGACGAGGAAGCAGAAUGGACAGCUCAGCCUCCCCGACGUCACAGUGCCCCUGCAUCCCCUCCCCCUCUCUCACCUACCCCCGGACGACCUGUCAAGAGCAAGAGUCUGCCUACACCGUACAAGACACCUCACAAGAAGCCCAUCAUGGUGCUGGCCAAGCGUAAGCGGGCGGUGAGCACGGAACAGCCUGCCACACAGAAGACUACGUCUCCACAGCCGAUGCAUGCACAGGGUGUAGUGAGCUGCAUGUUGACCUCUGACCACUUGGCUGACCUACCUUGUAGAGUGUUGGUCACUAUGGGUGGUUUGCUCUAUGCUGGUACGCUGUCUGCUAUACGACCUCCUGACCUCUAUGGCACCAUGCUGGACGGGGAGAGAGGCAACCGGCCGCACAUACUGUCACGGGAGGAGAUUCUCAAAGAUGCGAUCCUGGAGGUGUGUACAGACGUAGUACCGCCGCCGGGCACGCGAGUGUGUGCGUACUGGUCACAACAGUACAGGUGUCUUUACCCAGGGACUGUACCUCCGACAACCGAGGAGGCGGACCCGAGGUUUGUCUCAGUGGAGUUUGACGACGGUGACAACGGCAGAAUCAGCUUGGAGGACAUCAGACUAUUGCCGCAAGACUACCCGGUCGUAGCUUACGAUCCGAAUCCGCUUCAAACGCUUGGUAAAAGACGACGAAGAAACUCAGGUGCUAGCUGCGACAGUCAGAGUAAAGACAAGACUGUACAGCCUAUGGAAACUGUCACUGAGUUGGAACCUGAGAACGAACCUGAUGUAGAACAAGAACCAUCGGAAAUGGAACAAAUGGAAGAACAGGAACAGCAAACUGUUCCGCUUGAGGAACCUUUGACAGAAUUAGCAGAACAGCCAAGAGUUGUAGCUCCAUUGGUGAUGUCUUCAGAACAGCUUCCCAUGAAUCUGGAGGUGGCUGAUUUGGAAAGGGAACGAAGAAGACUGAAGAAGAAACGCAAAGAGAAGUUAAGAAGACUCGACAGUGAGAAGAAACAUAGGCACAAACACCAUGAUUGUCUCAAGACCCACAGGCAUAAGCAUAAGCAUAGACACCACAGGCACAAGCAUAGGCAUUCCAAGAAUAUAGUAUCAGUGAUUUCUGAGAGUGGAAGUCAUGUGGAGGAGAAGAAGCCACUAACUCUUGUCGUCCACACCAAGCCUGCAGCAGACGGCAACAGUCCUCCAAUUGUGUCAACAAUCAAGAUAAAGAAAGACAAGAAGCGAGCUAGAUCCCAUGCUGUGACGCAUGACAGUACGACUCCCCGGAGCAAGAUGGCCGCUUUCUUGCCAGCCAGACAGCUGUGGGGCUGGAGCGGAAAACCCUACAAGAGACCAGGAAUGAAGGGAAGGGCUCGCAAGGAGUUCUACAAAACUAUCCAGCGGGGCAAGGAGACCAUCUCUGUGGGCGACUGUGCCGUGUUUCUGUCCACUGGUCGUCCAGACAGACCCUACAUCGGACGUAUCGAGGCUAUGUGGGAGAACCGGUUUCAGACAAUGGUGGUCAAAGUGAGAUGGUUCUACCACCCGGAGGAGACAGUUGGUUGUCCGGAAAAGCUGCCUUAUCCAGGAGCUUUGUUUGAGUCACCACACAAUGAUGAGAACGAUGUGCAGACCAUAUCUCACAAGUGUGAAGUGCUGCCACUACCCGAGUACAAGCAUCGGCUGGAGCUAGAGCCGCACAGACUGGCCACUAUCUACGACUACAACGACAUCUACUACCUGGCGGGCCACUACAACCCGACCGAUCUGUCACUCAAGUUUGAACCUGGUGUUGUGUAGCACUCUAGUACCUGGACUGGGUGAUAGCACUUUCAAUCAUGUUCAUCUUGUUACUAUAUUGUUUUGAUUGUUUAUUUAAUAAGUUAUUUGUAGGGAUUUUUCAGUGCCAUGAGUUUUCAGGCUCGCUACGCAAGCUGUGCAGUCAGCUGGGUAGAUGAGGAGUGAAAGUUAAGUCACUUAGGUCAGUCAGUGGUUACCAUUCAAGGAAAGUCAAGGGUGCGGUCACAAAUAAAUCGAGUGUCUCCAUGUGUGAGAAUAACCUACACCUAAGUGCCGGAGUUGAUUAAAUUGGCAAUGUUUUUGCUAAAAAAAACCAUUUAUUUAAAAGAAGCGCUGAAAUAGUGAAACAAUAUUCUUGACCUAAGCGGCCAGACAAAAUAUAUUCACACAACAUAAAUCAGUUUUGAUAAAAGUGUUAGCACCCAGCAAUGUCCCCUUGUACUCCUCAAAGGAGUAUAAAGGGUUUUCACAUUGUACAUAUACUAACGUUGUAUUAAUGUUAGCGAUAAGUUUAAGUGAUAGUAACCCUAGGGGUGGUCUCUAAUGUUUUUGAGGCGAGAAGUCAAUUCGAAAACAUUUUUAAGAUGCACACCUUACAUCUUGUUUGGAAAGUAAAUUUGCUUGUUUAUCUGUUUAAAAGUUGUGUAGUUUGGGAUCUUAUGGAUAAAAAAAAAAACAAAUAAUUAUCUUUGUUACCAACAAAAUAGUACUUACUUGUUGUUUUUGUUAGUAGAAAGUCAUUCAUUUACUGUUGUCCCCAAAGAUAACAAUUAACUUUGUUACUUUUUUUACUUCUGUAACAACUGUAAGUGUUUGCAUCUGAGUAAAAUUAUAAGUAGGGGAAACGAAUCUGUGAUUAUAAAUAAGGCUAAGAUAUUUUCUAGACCACCCUUUUGCUGUAUAUAUCUGUUUGUCUUCCUUGUAAGAGUAUAUAUUUCAAACUUCAAUUUCUUUUUCUUUUAUUCUUCUAUAUGCUAUUUAACUCUUGUGCUGUGAGAAAGUCUUUUUUACCUACUGUUAUGUAUUUUUCUGUAGAUUUGUUAAAGGAUGAGUAACUAUUUUUUAAAUAGUUUUUACAAAUUUUAUGAUUGGGAAUUACACUUGUUCGAUAAACUCUCACAAUUUUAUUUAUCAUAACACACUAAAAAGUAAUUUAAGGAAACCCAAUAAACUUGUACAUUAAUAUUAAAUUACAAUAACUUUUACACAUACAAAUCUGUGAAUUUAUUUUCUUUUUUAUAAUUUGUACAAAAUUGGUUAUUUUUAAAUCGUACUUAGAAGUAUAUCCACCAAGAAUUGGUAUACAAUAUAUAAAACUUAGGAACUUAUAGAUACAUACAGAUAUUUCAGAGAGUUUAUUGUACUGAGAAAUAAUUCCUUACAUAAUUACAACUUUUCAAUUUUCUUAACUUUUUUAGCUUAAGUUCAACUCUGAACAAACGUACCUAGAUUGUGUAUUUUUUUUACUUCAAUGAGCAUUAUUUAAAGACUGGCAGACAUCUUGUGUUUCAAAUUGUUCGUUAUUAUUUCUUCUUAUUGUUAUGUACCUGUGUCUGUUUCGUUAUCUAUCUUUUGUAUUUUAUGUGAUUGUUAUGUAAUGUAUAUACAUAUAUUUUCUGUAUACGACCUGUAAGUAUGUAUUAAGGUCGAUUCACACACAUCAGUCCAGUCACAGUUCAGUCUCAGUUGCAUCCGCAAUUCCUCAGUCAACUGUCCAUCAGUUGGACUCAGUCAGUCUUGCGUCACUUUAUUUACAGUGAUGUUACAGUCAAGAAUUUUUCAAUUAAAAAACAGUAUUCUAUAAAUUUAUCAUAGUCCAUCUUGUUAGUUGUUACAAACAGUACUUAAAAUCAAAUAUUUUUUUAUAUCAAACACAUACAUUACAUGUCCGUCAGGCGUCUGAACAAUGCCAAAAUAUCUGUGGGAAAAAUCUGAAAUCGACUGACGGACACCAGUAGAGCAACUGAAAGACCUGGAACGCAUGGGUGUAGAUAACGCAAAAUAAAAUCGAUUAAAUAAUAAAUUUGUUGACUUUGACGUAAUGAUUCAACUGAACUAUGACAGGCUGGAACUGAGUGUGUGUGAAUCAACCUUUAGAUGUAAAAAGCUUGUGGAGAGACGAAACGUUUGCCUCGGUGACUUACGAUGUGCCUAGUUUUUCUUCUUCUUGAUUUUCUAUUUUUGUACCGAGGAGGGAUGUAUUUUUUAUGCGAGUGAGGUGAUUACUAUUAAGGUAUAUUAAUGCAAAUACACACUUUGCUUUAGAAAUAGUCAUUAGAUGUUCAUUUUCUACAUCAUUGCAGAACAAAAGCAAUAAUUUCCAUCUCAUUUAUCACUGAAGUUAAUGUUUAAAAAAUAGCAACUAAAAAUUGUCAAGCUUGGUUUAGUUGGAAUUUUAUUUUGAAAAUGCAAAAGUGAAAUUUUGGUCAAUGUUUGUUUGGUGCUUGCAAUUAAUUUUAAAUACCAACAAAAGUUGUUUAUAUACAAUAAUUUUAAAUGAAUGCUUAACACAACGAAUGAUUCAUUGGGAUGUGCACAUACUUCGGAAGUACUGUUUUCUAAAUUAAGUAAAGUCAUAUUCUGAUAUUUUUAACUAAAUUUAUUUUAACGCUGGAAUCUUCUGCUUAACUCUUUUGAAGUUUAUAUUAUGACCCUUCAGAUUAUCAAUUAUUAAUUAAUUUAUAAUAGAUAACCUAUUUUAAAUUUGAUAAAUUGCAGUUAAUUUAAAUACAGUGUAACACCUAAAUCAAAUGUUUAAACAAUCAAAACUGUUGCCCAAAAGCACAAGUUAUCAAUAAUGUAUUUGUUUUUUAACUAUUGUAAUUCGGGAUUAAAUAAACAAUUCAUGACAAGUUUCUAAAUAAGUACUAAAAAAAGAAGACAAUAAUUGUAUGUGACAGAUACAACAACAGAUUACAAGUUAUCUUUACAAGUACCUUUUUUGUUCUGGGAUUAAAACAUGCUUCCAAAGUGUAUACAAAACUGUGUGUAUCACUACAUACAAAGUAGCAAAGUAAUUUAUCUUUUAAAAUGUCCUCUCAUCUCUGGUGAAAUAUAUCAUCUCUGUUUUAUAUUAACCAUCAAUGGCCAGCUAAAACUUUCUGUUGUUAUUGUUAAUAUAUCUCUAAGGCAAAUGUUAUUAAACCACAACAUAAUAUUAUUUCUGUUUGCAUUUAAUGAGCCAUUUAAUAAAUAUUUGAUUGUCAGUCAAAGUUUGCAAUGUUUUUCGCAGGUAUUGUAGUUGUACCAGUUCAUCAAUCAAAAUAAAAAUAAAAACCUUACGUUCUAGGAAUCAAUAUUUUUCGCUUUGUAAAUUGUCACUCAGUGUUUUUAUACUAGACAGGGUUCAGUGUUAGGUUUUGUCCAAGUUUAGUGCUACGUUUCCUUAUAAUGGAGUCCUUACUACUAAUGUAGAAAUGUCGCUUUAACUAUUUUAGUUUUAAGUAAAAUCUUGACUCAAGGGAACUCUUAAUUAUUUGAAUUUGAUUUAAAUAUCAGCUUUAGAUUUUGGCAGGGAUAUUGUAUUUAAAAAUUGUCUGUACAUUAUUUAUUUAUUUAAAUUGUUGUUGUAAAAUCAUUUGUUUGGUUUUUUGUACAAAAUUGUAAAAAUUCGGUUAAAAUAAUUUUUGUAAAUAAUUCAGAUGAGUAUUUUUGACAUGGAGACUUGGGCAAAUAUUUUUCAAUCUAAAUGUGUAUUUUUGAACAUAUUAUAGGAUUCACAAAUCGUCGUUAGGUCUGAACAGUUUAGUAGAGUGAUGAUUAUUUUAUUUUUAACACCGAGUUAAGUUGCUUUCCCAUCUGUUAGUUAGUACAUCUUUAAUAUUGGAUACGCUUAUGACUAGGAUAGGGUGACAUUUGUUUAUUUAUUGAUAUAAUAAAUAAACAAACAAGGAGCGAACUGGUAAAACAAGAAUAUUUUUCUGCGUAAUGUGUAAAAAAUAAAAUGUGCAAAUGUAAAGUGAAAAAUAUUUUUGUUUUGAAAGAAUAAAAUCAAAAGGUGCUAUUUA